GUCAUAGUGACCGCCUCUCUCUCUCUCCGUCUCACCACUCCCCACCAAACCCAGAGACACACAGAGACACCCCUGACCUCAUGGCAAUGGCGCUUCGCAGGCUCUCAAGCGCCAUCAACAGGCCACUGCUCAAACCUUUCGUCACUGCCAAUGGCGGCUCCGUCUACCACAUGUCCGCACUGUCCGGCCAAGCAGCUCAGGAAAAGGAGCAAGCUCGUACUACUUGGAUAAAGCAACUGAAUGAGCCGCUUGAGGUUAUUGACCCCGAGAUUGCUGAUAUCAUCGAGCUUGAAAAAGCUCGGCAAUGGAAGGGGCUUGAGCUUAUUCCUUCAGAAAAUUUCACAUCACUGUCGGUGAUGCAAGCUGUUGGUUCUGUCAUGACAAACAAGUACAGCGAAGGAUAUCCCGGUGCUAGAUACUAUGGAGGGAAUGAAUACAUCGACAUGGCUGAGACCCUGUGUCAAAAACGCGCAUUAGAAGCUUUUCAGUUAGAUCCUGCAAAAUGGGGAGUGAAUGUCCAGUCAUUAUCUGGAUCCCCUGCUAACUUCCAAGCGUACACUGGAUUGUUGAAACCUCAUGAAAGAAUCAUGGCUCUUGAUCUGCCUCAUGGUGGACAUCUUUCUCAUGGUUAUCAGACUGACACCAAAAAGAUAUCUGCUGUCUCGAUAUUCUUCGAGACAAUGCCAUACAGAUUGGACGAAACAACUGGUUACAUUGACUAUGAUCAGUUGGAGAAAAGUGCCACACUAUUCAGACCCAAAUUAAUAGUAGCUGGUGCCAGUGCUUAUGCACGCUUGUAUGAUUAUGCACGUAUACGCAAGGUCUGUGAUAAGCAGAAAGCUAUUUUGUUAGCUGAUAUGGCACACAUCAGUGGAUUGGUUGCGGCAGGUGUUAUUCCAUCUCCUUUUGAGUAUGCAGAUAUUGUUACAACCACAACUCACAAGUCACUUCGUGGCCCUCGUGGGGCUAUGAUCUUCUUCAGGAAGGGGGUCAAAAAUGUAAACAAGCAAGGACAAGAAGUUAUGUAUGACUAUGAAGACAAAAUUAAUCAGGCUGUCUUUCCUGGACUCCAAGGUGGUCCACACAAUCACACCAUAUCUGGGUUAGCAGUUGCACUCAAGCAGGCCACAACUCCAGAGUUCAAAGCUUACCAAGAGCAAGUUCUCAGUAACUCCGCAAAAUUUGCAGAGAGCUUGCUAGAGAAGGGCUAUGAUCUUGUCUCUGGUGGAACUGACAACCAUUUGGUGUUGGUAAAUUUGAGGGACAAGGGAAUUGAUGGCUCAAGAGUUGAAAAGGUUCUGGAAGCUGCUCAUAUUGCAGCAAAUAAAAAUACUGUCCCAGGGGAUGUUUCUGCCAUGGUCCCUGGUGGUAUACGUAUGGGAACCCCGGCUCUCACAUCUAGGGGUUUUAUGGAGGAUGAUUUUGAAAAAGUAUCUGAGUAUUUUGAUGCAGCCGUGAAGAUAGCCUUGAAGAUUAAGGCUGCUACAAAAGGUACCAAGUUAAAGGAUUUUGUGGCAACUCUGGAAUCAGAUGGUCAAAUACAAUCUGAGAUUGCAAAGCUACGCCACGAGGUUGAGCAGUAUGCUAAAGAAUUUCCAACUAUUGGAUUUGAGAAAGAAACAAUGAGAUACAAAGAAUGAAGAGCAAACCCCUGUCAUUGUUACAGAUAAAUUUGUUGAACAGGCAACAAUUGUGCUUGCAAAUGACUCCAAUGCCUAAGCAGAUAUGAUAAAACCUCAAAGAUCUGCAAUUUCAUACAAGGAACACGUCAGACAUUCACCAAUACAAUAAUGAAGGAAUCUGUUAGGUAUUCAAUACAUGUUUGGAUCUUAUUUCUUGUUCCACUGAUUCCUGUGCCGAUUGUAAUUCUUGAUUAUCUUUUCUUCAAAGCUUGUCCGCAUUAGAGUAGAUAUUCGUCAUCCUCUCAAUAACCAAGGCUAUUUUUCUAUCCAAUGAGUUCUCGUCAGCAUGAAACUGUUGUAAACGUCUUUAUUUAUCCCGCUUUGAUCUGGUUAAUGGACAGUGAUUCAGCAACCAAGGAAAAGUGGAAGCUAGUGUGUCAACACAGCAAGCAUGAAAUUUCUGCUUAUGUAAAUUUUAUCAGAAUGGAAGAUUCAUGGUAACUUUGAGAUAAGUAGAAUUU